AUUGUGACAGUAAGUUAGUAGAAAGUCAAAAUAAUGAUUGUGUGUCAUUAAAUCUUUGUAUGCCUUUUUCGUGGGUUAAUUUAAACUUUUCAUAAUUAGUUUGUACGUCAUCAUUUUCUUUUCAUUAUAAGUUUUACUUUUUGUCAAUUAUCGCUUAGGACGUCAUAAUACUGUUUUUCUGUUAGGUCGUUUUGACUUUUUAUGUCAUAAAUAUGAUCGUUUGUGAUUUACUAAAGCAUUCUUUAUUUCGUAUGUGGCGAAAAUGAGCUUCCGCAUUAAUUUUGUUUUAUAUAAAAAAUUAUUUUAAAACUAAAUUACGGAUGUGCCAUGAAAAAAUGUGUGGAAACGAGAACAACAUAAUCAAACAACAGCACGUGGCUCAAGCAGGAAGCCGGAAGUGUCAGUUCAGCGCAUGCGCAGUUCAGUUCCCGCUUUGAAUCGUGUGGCGCGAGUCUGCAGUUUAAUAAUAUUGGAGUCUGUGGUAAUGAAGCCAGCCCGCGGGUCCGGAAGGGCCUCCACUCGGGGCCCCAAACACCCCGCAGAGAAGAAGACCAGCAGCAGGCCUCACGAGCCCAGAGCCGAGGGCCCCCGUGCGGAGCCGUCGAGGACCGGCCGCGGGAAAGCCUCAGCGAUGGUUGGAAAAAGCUGGAAGCCGAUGAGCAAGUCUUCCUUACUGGCUCUGGAGAACAUGCUUGGUUUGUCCAUUCUAUCUGUUCUGGCGUUGAAAAACAGAGAAAAAGAAGGAUCGCAGAUGCAUCUCAACCGGAUCAAAGAUCGGUUCCUGGCCAAGUGUGCGCAGCUUCCUGUUCCCACAAGUAAGCAUGGAGACCUCAUGCGCGUGUCCCAUCAGUUCAAAGCUGAGAGGGAUAAAUCCCAACACGGCAAGAAGACGCUCGAGUCUCUAGAGGAGAACAUGCGCUCGGUGGUCAGCACUCUUGAGGAGAUGGAGGUGAAGAUGGCUCGCUUGGAGGAGAAAUGCAGGAUAAUGAGAAGCGAAAUCGAGGAUGAAGAGGAAAAAGCACAGGAGUUCCUCCAGCUGUCGGAGCAAACGGUCCUGCGUGUUCCUGCCGUGUCGCCUCGCUCCGCCAAUGAGCCCACGCUACAGGAGCACCUCAUGAAGCUGGUUCCCAAUCCUCCGGCAGUGGCGCGAGCUCUUCAGGCGGUGCCGGUCCUCGCGGACGCUAGGGCGUUUCUGGAGCUCGCGCACGAACAGGUGGACUCAGCACAAACCCGUAAUCACAUGACCUGACCGUCACCGCACGAGUCCGUUUCUCACGCUUUACACACUCACACAAACAGCUCAUCGACAAAACAACUGCUCGUUUAUUUCAAAAUGACAAGUUUGCAUAGAAAUUGCAUUCGUCUCAAGCAUUAAUGCAACAAUAUCAUCAGAUCUCAUCUUGACCUCUUUAGUUUGUUCAAAGUUUUAGUUUGUAUGUGCUUUUGUUUAAUGUGUGCCAGUAAAAAAGUAGUUUCUACAGCAUAGACGGUUUAAUUUAAGUCUUCAGUCCAGCGGGAAAGCCUUGUCUUACAUUUCGUGCUACAAUAGUACAUCACAAGAUUAAAAAGAAAAUCACACAGAA